UUGAGACAAGACGCUAAAUAAACCGACCUUUGAAAUUCUGGCCGAGUCGCAAUGAAAUGGAUAUAAAUAAUAGCAAAAGGUCCCAUAAAAUCACUAGUAUAGCGUCCCAUGUACCUGAUCUUGUGGUGUACAGUACCAUAAAACAAUUGCCAUACGCAGAAAACUUCCAGGGUGUACUGCUUUUCGCAGAUGUGUCAGGCUUCACUAAUCUCACGGAGAAGUUCAGUCAAAGCUGUAAAAAAGGCUAUGGAGCUGACGAGCUCACACGGACACUGAACAGCUACAUUGGUGAUAUUGUCAGCCACAUUCUUGAUGCAGGUGGAGACAUCUUGAAUUAUGCAGGAGACGCAAUCUUAGCGCUCUGGGCGGUUGAGCUCAAGCGGCUCAGUGACGUAAUCUCCCUCGCGGUAAAAUGCAGCCUCGUCAUUCAGGACAAGUGCGGGGUCCGGAGGACCGGAGUAGGCUGCCAGCUACGAGUCAAAAUAGGGAUAUCAGCUGGAAAACUUUCAAAAGUGAUCGUUGGGGAUGACGUUAGCCAGUACUUUGUGGUGAUUGGUCGAGCAGUCGACGAGGUGCGACUAGCCGAAGGAUUAGCGGUCGCCAGCUCGAUCAUCUUGUCACCCAACGCCUGGGAACUGUGCAACAGGGACGACCUACUUGUUGACAAGAUAGAGAACGAACGAGCUGUCAGGGUGAGGUACCUUAAGCGAGACCCAAAAUUUCCUGUUGAAGAGUACAAGGCUUCAAUGGGCGCCGACCUGCAAUAUGAAGACCCAACGGAAGGCUGUGUAAGAAACGCCUGCAGACUAUUGCCAAAUCCUGAGUUGGAAUCAUGUCUGAGGAAAUAUGUCAUUGAAACAGUUUUGCAAAAGAUUGACGCCAACCAGCCUCUGGAGUAUCUGUCUGAGAUGCGUCCGGCCACCAUCGUGUUCGUCAACCUGCAGUUCCAGGGACGGGAGAGCGACACAGAGCUCUGCUCUGCCAUUCAGCUUGCCGCCCUGGGCAUCGCACGCCAGGUGACCAAGCGUCACGGCAGAGUCAACAAGGUCUUCAUGUUCGACAAGGGCUGCACAUAUCUGUGUCUGUUCGGUCUCCCUGGAGACAAGCGAGAAGACGAGAGUGCCCAGGCGCUGCAGGCUGCCUACGGGGUUUACCAGCUCUGCCUGCAGAAGCUGGGCUGUCUGAGGACCGUGUCUGUCGGCGUGACGACCGGCCCGGUGUUCUGUGGUGUUGUGGGUCAUCCUGUGAGACACGAGUACACAGUGAUCGGCAGGAAGGUGAACCUGGCGGCCAGACUGAUGAUGUACUACCCAGGCGUGGUGACAUGUGACCAGGAGACCUGCCACUACUCCAAGCUGCCACAGAUGUACUUCAGCAGGCUGCCAGAGAAGCCCAUGAAGGGUGUGGAACACCCUGGGCCAGUCUACCAGUUUGUGGCUCGCAGGGACCAGAUGAACGUGGGCAAAGCGGCCAUAUCUGUGUUGAGAGAGGAGGGGUAUCCUCUCCUAGGUCGCAGCCCAGAGAUGGAGGUGUACUCCAGCACGGUGAGCAGCUACCUGGAGGCCAGGUCGGCCGGACACAUGGACUACACCAACAUCGUCAUCUUCGAAGGAGCUGCCGGCUACGGCAAGAGCCGUCUGCUGGCUGAGAUCGCUUACCGAGCCACCAAGGAGGGGAUGAGGGUGGUGUCGUUGGAGCUGAGCAAGGUGGACCUGAAGGAGUCGUGCUACACGCUGAGGCUCCUGCUGGCCAGGCUGCUGGGGAUGCAGGACUGUAAGAGCUACGCCGCCCGCGAGAGGGCCAUCCUGGACCACAUCACAGAGCCACACAUGAGGCACAACCUCUGCCUGCUCAACAGCAUCCUGCUGGUCAAGUUUCCGGUUUCUCGAGCCGUGUCUGACAUGGACCACAAGGAGAAACACAGGGAGACGGCUAACUACUUCAUUAAGCUGCUCUGCCAGUUUGCAGAGCAGCAGCCCUGUGUGUUUGUGUUGGACGAGGCUCACUAUGUGGACUGUGCAUCCUGGUCUCUGCUGCUGCAGCUGCAGCUGCAGGCUCACGUGCUGCUGUUCAUGUCCAUGCUGCCCAGCAGCCAGGCCCUGCCCAGCAGCCAGGCCCAGCCCAGCAGCCAGGCCCUGCCCAGCAGCCAGGCCCUGCCCAGCAGCCAGGCCCUGCCCAGCAGCCAGGCCCUGCCCAGCAGCCAGGCCCAGCCCAGCAGCCAGGCCCUGCCCAGCAGCCAGGCCCUGCCCAGCAGCCAGGCCCUGCCCAGCAGCCAGGCCCAGCCCAGCAGCCAGGCCCGGCACAGCUCCCCGCUGGCCUCCCUGGUCAGCCUCCCCCGCUCACGCUGCCUCAGGCUGGCGCCCCUGCAGCCCUUUAUCAUCACGCAAAUGGCCUGCCAGAUGCUGGGCGUGGACAUGAUCCCCAGCCAGGUGGAGGUCUUCCUGGUAGAGAGAAGUCAUGGCGUGCCGUUCUACUGUGAGGAGCUUCUGAGGAGUCUGUACCAGUCCCAGAUGAUCGGGCUGAGGAGGAGGGAGGACACGCAGGAUGACCCCUGCCCCCUCCUGUUCCCCAGCGUGGGCACGCUGCGCUCCCAGACCAGCAGCGUCUGGGGCCACGCCCACACCACACCUGGGGGCCACGCCCACACCACACCUGGGGGCCACGCCCACACCACACCUGGGGGCCACGCCCACACCACACCUGGGGGCCACGCCCACACCACACAUGGGGGCCACGCCCACACCACACCUGGAGUGGCUGAAAGCAUAUCGAGAAUUGAGAAGACGUUUGGACAUGACUCAGUUGUGAUGAAGAAGCCCUCCAGAAUUCGGAAGAUGACGUGUCUGGAUAAACCUCAGAAGAAGCCCCAGUAUGUCUGUUGUGUGAGGGAGGACGCCAAGUUCCACGAGUUCCCCAUCCCUCUGACUCUCAAAGGCAUCGCCCUGGCCCACCUGGACCACCUCCGGCCCACAGAGCAGAUGGUAGUGAAGUGUGCUGCGAUCAUUGGCCACACCUUCACCACCCACAUACUGAGAAGCAUCAUGCCGGAGGGGUCAGAGGCCACGCUGGGCGCCUCGCUGGCCUUGCUCUUCCAGUCGGGCACCCUGGAGUGCGGCUCCCAGCCCAGGCAGCGCGGGCAGGCAGGCGAGGCCGGGCGCUGGGGGGCGCUGAGCUGCUUCUGUGAGCACAACAACCAGGACGUCAACACAGAGGGGGCGAGGAUGCCGUUUGGGGGGGGUGUGUGGUGUUGCCAGGUGAUGCGUUUCUGCACGGUGCUGGUGAAGGACACAGCGUGUGAGCUGUGGCUGCGGGAGCAGAGGAAGGAUCUGCACGCGCGCUGCGCCCGCUACCUGCAGCAGCAGCCGCACAGCUGCCCCAGCUGCCGCCAUGCACACUUCAUCUACGGACACGGGGCCGUCGUGGGCGUGGCCGGCGCCCAGGACGAGCCCAGCCCGCCGCAGCAGGGCGCGGCCGGGCCCACGGGGCUGCUCCAUAACCUCCAGGGCCUCGAUGGUAUCCGAGGUAACCAGGUGCAGCCACUGAUUCCUGACAGCACAGAGAAGCAGUUCCUGGCCAGGCUGGACUCCAUGCUGGAUGAGGGCAGCAGCAGGGUGGAGAGGAUGAGGCGAUGCAGCACAGGGGAGCGGAUGAGGGGCUGCAGCUGUGAGCAGGUGGUCCAGUGUGUUCUGGAACCCAUCAUCCGUCACUGGGCCGGCGUGGGCGACGUGUCCAGAACCUUCUACUACCUCCUGGAGACCGCCGCUGCCUCCAUAUACCUACACGACAACCUCAGGGCUCUGUCCUACCUGAACGAGGCCAAGGCGAUCCUGGACAACCUCCGCUGCGGCCUGCCUGCGUUUGAGACGGCCGAGCCCUCGGUGAGGGUGAAGAUCUGCAGCUUUGAGAAGGCCUGUGUGUUCCGUCUUAGUGGAGAGGUGCUGUACAGCACAGGCCAGAUCCGCGAAGCGGAGGAGAUGUUUGUGCGAGCGCUGAAGCACCUGAACAGAAGACUCCCCAGGAACCGCCUGGCCGCGGUGCUGAAGCUCACCCUGGAGAGGCUGAAGAGCCGCUGCUACGCGUCCACAACCUUCAGGACCCCAGGGAAGAAGAAGCUGGCCCGCCUGCGGGAGCAGAUGUCCUGUCUGUCCUACCUGUGGCAGAUCUGCUGCAUGAGGUCCUCGGCCAAUCACACGCUCCACGCCUCGCUCGCCAUUGCCAUGGAGAGGAACUCUGCCUGCCUCAGUUCACAGGAGUACAAGGUCCUCUUCUCGACCAUCGACUACUUCCUGUUCUGCCGUCUGCGGGGCUGUGAGGGCGAGUGCAGCAGGCUGGAGCGCCUGCUGUGUGGGGCGUGCCUGCAGCUGCCUGGGGGACCAGAGGGGCUGUUCAUCAUGAGUCACCUGGUCCACACGCUCUGCAUCGUCAAGAUGUGCUCCGGAGACCUGGCUGGCUCCAUCCAGUACGGUUACCGGGCUCAGAGAAUCAGCAUGCUGACCUGCCACCCAAGAGAGGACAGGGAGGUGACCAGCCAAUCAGGAGAGGACAGGGAUGUGACCAGCCAAUCAGCAGUGGAUGUGGGGGUGAUCAGCCAGUCAGGAGUGGACAUGCGGGUUACAGCCAUCCUCCACACCCCCCUGCUGUUCCUACAGAGGUACAAGGAGUGUGUGCAGCUCAUGCAGGUCCUGGAGGAUGUGGGCAGCAGGAGUGGAGUCAGCUCAGCCACAGGAUGGUUCUACAGUUCCUGCUUCCACACACUCCUCUACGCAGGCUUCUCCUUCAGAAGCUUCGAGAGGUGCUGCCGCUUCGUGGAGGAGUCCCAGUCUGACCCCAACCUGCUGCUGGACCACAGCCUGAUGUGUGACCUGUACUCUGCUCUGGCCCUCUGGUAUACAAGGCUGUGUGAUUGGGAGAGGGCGCGUUUCUUUUAUACCAGAGUGUGUGCCAUCGUCCCCCAGACGCCCGCAUCCAUCCAGUCCACCAGCGGAGGAGCCAUGUUCCUGGAGUCCAGCGUGCUGCUGUUCAGGAAGGCCCUGAUGGAAAACAACAAACACAUCCUCCUGAUCUACCACACAACUCAGAAGCACUUCACUGAGUUCCACUUGAAGUUCUCCCGCGUCCAGAUGUUCACUCCUAGGGUGUUGCACCUGAAGGCCUACCUGUACCUGCUGGCCGGUCACGAGGCCCUGGCCCAGCUGCUGCUCUCCAGGGGCCUCCAGCUCAGCCAGGAGCAGGGGAACAGGCUGGAGCAGGCCUGGGUCACACACAGCCAGGCUGAGUGGUUCGGCACGUCCCCUACGAGCCCCAGUACUUGGCGUUCCUCCACCCUGAGCAUGCCCUCCUGGGAGGAGGCCCAGACCAUGACCCUGGAGCAGCUCUCCUCCUCACACUACUCCUUCCAGGGCCUCCCCUCCAGGACCAGGCCCGUCCCACGCCUUCCACCCCGCCCCGAGGACGCCAUCCUGCUCAAGGCCUCGCAAGCACGCCCCGAGGCCUCGGAGCUCAGCACGUCACAGACUAAACUAUAAAAAUAAUCAUUUGAACCCAAUUUCAGAUCAGUGUCGCAGUCGCUUUAUUUGAAUGGCUCAC